GAAACGUCUGGGGAACACUCAAACGUGCCUGAACCUGACAACGGGAUUUGUGUGGGGCCGACCUGCUUAGCUGUAUUCCCGGUGAGCCCAUAACGGCGCAUGGAGUCGGCAUUAGUGCCAACCCCAAUAACCUUUAGAGAGCAGCCGAGCAACACAUACCGCAACCUCCGCAGCCUCUCCAACUUCUGCAGCAUCUCUCGUUCUGUUCAUUACGACGACCAAUCAGACACACCGCAUCAUGAUUGAGCUUCCCCUAGACCACGGCUCAUUGGAGCACCUCCUCCCCGUCUCCUGGAAGACUCAAAUUACCGCCUGGCUCACUGAGGACACACCCUCCUUCGACGUCGGCGGCUUUGUCGUCGGCGAGGACCAACGCACGGCGACACUCUGGGGCAAAUCUUCCGGUAUCCUCGCCGGCAUCCCCUUCUUCAACGAAGUCUUCGCCCAGUGUGGGUGCACAGUCGAGUGGCACUCCCGCGAGGGCUCUCACAUCGAGACCCAUGGCGACAAGACCGCCCUGGCGACUGUGAGGGGCCCUGCGCGGGGUCUACUGGAAGGCGAGCGCGUAGCGCUAAACAUUCUUGCGCGGUGCUCGGGUAUUGCCAGCAUGAGCCGUCGGCUGCUGAUCAACCUACGCAGUGCCGGCUGGCAGGGUACCCUGGCAGGCACACGCAAGACUACUCCGGGGUUCCGCGUUGUGGAGAAAUAUGGCAUGCUCGUCGGCGGCGCCGAUACACAUCGCAUGGAUCUGAGCACCAUGACCAUGCUCAAGGAUAACCAUGUUUGGAGCCGCGGAAGUAUCACCCAGGCCGUCAAGGCAGCCAAGGCUGUGGGCGGGUUUAGCUUGAAAGUCGAGGUCGAGGUGCAGAGCGAGGAAGAAGCCGACGAGGCCAUCGCCGCUGGCGCUGACAUCGUCAUGCUUGACAAUUUCACCGGUGAGGGUGUCAAGGCCACCUCCCGGCGCCUCAAAGAGAAAUGGAACGGCAAGAAGCAUUUUCUGGUCGAGGUUUCUGGGGGAUUGACCGAGGACAACGCCGAACUCUACCUCUGCAACGAUGUCGACAUCUUGUCGACAAGCUCCAUCCACCAGGGUGUGCGUCACAUUGACUUCUCCCUCAAGAUCAACGUGGAGAAGGGGGACGGCCCGGUCGUGUCAAGUUAAGCGAGCGCCUUGAAAAAAGGCUACAGCCCGCCGGGGGUGAUGAAAAACCCACCUAUGUACACAGGAAAUCACAGGUAUCCUGCAAUGCAAAAAGUUUUCCACGUCUGGUCAUCUGAUACUCCGAGGUCCAUUUCAUCCCCCCGUGUUCAAGAGGAUGAAGCCCUGGAGCAAGGGCUAACUAAUGAGAGAUGCAGCUGCAAUCUCACAGCUGCAAUUUCACAUUUGUCUUUCACCGCUUCUUGGUGCAUCACUGCACCCGUGCUUCGUACCUCUCAC